UAUGUGCUAUUUGGGACAUAGUUCAUUGCAAAGCUGUUUUAGGGAAAAGUAGAAUAACAGGCUCAAUAGUUGUUCUUUAAUUGUUCCUAGUAAAAAUAAGAGAAAGCAAGCUCAAAAUGUACUAAGCAACGGCAAGACACAAGCAGCACAUAAAUUCUACAUCAAAGAAGUAAAAGAAAAGAAUGCAGUCGCGGGCUUCUAUCUUCCCAACUGUAAGCUAUAUAUGAAUUGGCUUUAAAGAAAAAAUUUAACUAAAAUUUUAUGGUACUUUCAUUCCUUAGAAAAUAUAUAAAAGGAAGUAAUACGUUUAAUUGAGAAAAAGGAAUGCCUUACAAGGAUGUAAAUACUUAUUGUUGUGAAAAUUGCUUGGUUAAAAAGUUCGAACAAUUAAUAUAAGAGUAUUUUUUAAUUUGUUCUUUAAUAUUCCAUAUUAAUUUUUUAUAAAUAUUAUUAACAAUGA